AUGAACAAGGUCCUCGAGUUGUACAAAAGAGGGGAUUAUAACACAAAAUUUAAAUUAAAAACUUUGAAGCAAACGAAAAAGAGAAGAAGUCGUCAAAAAGUCAGAAACGACAUAGAAAAAUCUGACAAGAGGAAAGAGAGGAAGAUAGUAAACUCCUGUGACAUCUUCUACUCUACAGGCUCUACUUCGAACCUUAACAAUAUUCCUGCUAGCACUAAGCCAGAUACCUCAGCCAAGCAGUUGCGACCGAAGAAUAUAAACUUGAGAAUGGAAAAAGAAUUAGCUAAGUAUAAAUAAAGAGAUCGAAGAGAAGUAUGAACAAUCUUCUAUGAAAACCUUUGUGUUCAAGAGGAGUAAGGAAGAAGAAAUCAGCGAGUCUAAUGAAUCAACAACAUUUUCCAGAUCAGGCCAGAUUUUGCCAAGGAUUAAUAAAAAGAUUACCAUGACUCUUAACCGGGGUAAAAGAGCAAGGUCGGAUAUCAGGAAUAAAGUGGCUGAUAAAUUACUUUAUCAAAUCAACAAACCAGGGCUCAAGUUCAAAAACAAUCUGAUAAGACAAGAAAGGAACGCUCCACCACAAAUAAAGCUCCUGGAAACCUUAAAUUUUGGGUUUGGUACUAAAGUACAACUUACUGCCCCUUCAACAGGGAAAUUGCCGAUGCAAACCCAUAGAAUUGUAUCAAAGAGCCCCACUCCAAAAGAGGCGUAUAAGUUGACCCCAAGGUCUCAUAAAAGGAGUAAAUACUCAGGCUUCCAGUUCAAAAAUACUAACAAUCCAGUAUUCUACAAAAGCAAGACAGGAAUAAGGGAAUUUAGUGGCCCUCAGAUGUUUCAUAAAGAAGAGAAUGCAUCUCUAUCUGAUUUCUCUCACUCAUUUGGGAUGUCUCAAAAUAGCAAUAAAUACUCAACCCCGACCUUAUCAAAGAACAAUUCUUGGAGGAAAGAUCUAAAUAGUGAGGGAGAGCCUGGGACAACAAGGGUUAAUCAAAAAUCCAAAAUUGUCUUGACAGAUUUCCAAAAUAUCAACAUUGAUGGCCCCAUACAGAAGACCCAGCCGAGCUACAGACGAACUGGAAGAUACAAAGCGGUUAAGAAGCUGAAAGACUAUGCCAACACCCAGGGAAGAGUACUUAAGCAGAACGGGAGGAUCACUAUAUGUCAAAAAUAUAAGUAAUUUAUAAUUAUGCUCAGUUUUCUCAA